AUGGAUAAAAUGAUGAAAGGCCUAAAACAAAGAGUCCUAUCAAGGACCAGAUCACAUUCAGAUUCUAAAUCUUCUUCAUUAAGGAAAAAAGAUAAGGAUAGAGAAAAAGACAAGGAGAAAGACAAGGACAGAGAUAAAGAGAAGGAUAAGGAUAAAGACAAAGAAAAAGAGAAAGAGAAAGACAAUAACCAUAACGAUAACCAUGUUCACGCCCAUAGCAAUAAUAACCAUAAAGAUAAUGCCUCCUCAAAUGGUUCAAAUAAAGAAUCUAAACAUCUUCCAAGGAAAUCAUCAAAACCUCAUAAACUCAUUAGGAAAUCCAUGCUUUCAGAUAGUUCCUCCUCAGAAUCGCAUAAAAAACAGCUAUUAUCCCUAUCAAACUCUUCAUCAAACUCUGCUCAUAACUCAAGCAAUAAUACUACCUCCAAUAUAUCAAACAACUCGAAACCAAAAUUAAAAUCAAAACUAAGGUCAAAGUCAAAAUCUUCUUCAUCUUCCUCUUCAAAUAAUAUAUCUUCUCAAAUCCAAUCAAAACUGACGCUAGCAACGAGUGCAAAUACAACUCCAAAAUUAGAUGAUCCAAAGACUUCUUUAUCUUUUAUCAAUAAAAACUCAACCUCAAAUAUCUUGUCCCAACAUUCAUCAAUUCUAAAUUCAAACUCAGACUCUAAUUCAAAUAAUAUUCAUGAUAAUCCAAACAAAAAUAGUAUUGACAAUAACAAUGACAAUAGCAGUGAUAAUAGCAGCAACAGCCAUUUACAAAUACCUUCUUCAUUCAAUUGCCUUGGUUUAAACUCUGCCCCAUUAAACUCCUCAUCUUCUAUUAUUCCAAGAUCCUCUCAUUCCUUUGAUGGUUUACCAAUUUCGGGAAAUGCUGAUAUUGAUCUAAUAAAGACCCCUCAAAGACACUCAUCUUCAAGAUUCGAACCAACUUCAAAAAAACAAAC